CAAUUACAUUUAUAUACAUAAUUCAUUGUAUUUUUCAUGGGGAGGGAUGUCCUUGAGAAAAAGUAUUACGCAAUAAUGAAUGGAAGCUACAACAAUCGUGGAUGCGCACUUGUAAACAAAGUCUAUGGACACAACGUAUAACACAAAAAUUGAAAGAAAGAACGGAUUAAUAUUUAAUAUUUUUGUACUUCUGACUAUUUCAUCAAGCACAUGUCAAUCAUGUCUCAUACACAUGGUGAUUCGAACAAUCAAAAAGCUUCAACCCACGAUAACUCCUUUUCUGAUGUCAAUGUUAAAGUAAAAAGAUUCCAUUUGUCUUACUUGUGGAAAGAUGAUCAGAAAAAGAUUCUUAUAACAGCAGAAACAGAAAAAUCCACAAUUGAGAAGAUGAUUCCAUUAAAGCUUGAACAUCCUACUCAUUUUGGACUUCUACUAUGGAACUACAACAGUUCAGAAUCUGACGAUUAUUUUUCUCUCAAUUCUACUGUCAGAGUUAAAGAAAUAUUGUUAAAAAAAUCAAUUACUGAAAGUGAUGAUUCAAAUUUGGAAAAUCAACUAGAGAAUAUUAUUGAGAAUCGUAUCAAACAUAUUAUCACAAGAAAAAAAAGUGAUUGUCGUUAUUUAUGUGAAAAAGCUAUAAAAGAUGAAUAUACAACGAUACUUCAAAUGAAAUUAGAGAUUAUCGAUACAAAUAACUCAUAUCGACGAUUUGCAUUCUAUCUAGAUGAUGAUAGUGGUGUACUUUUAUGUCGUGCAAUAAUAGCUGAAGAUAUGGAAGCGAUUGAAGUUCUUUUAAAUUUAAAAUUUAAUAUAAAUGCAAGAAUUAAAGCAGGCUGGACACCUCUUCAUGUUGCUGUUGGUUUAGAAAUGUCUGAUGUGGAUAUUCUUAUCGGUAAUGGUGCGAAUGUUAAUAUCUUAGAUAAUUACCAUCAAGUACUACAUCAUUUUACAGUUGAAAAAAAUAGUUUGAAAAUAUUAGACAGUCUUCCUAAUGAUCAAGCAAAACUUAACAAGAAAAGUAGAGAUGAUCAAACUCCAUUUCAUAAUGCUGUUUUUAAUGGAAAUGUGGAAGUUGUCAAUUUUUUUCUAAAAAAAGGUGCUGAUUAUAAACUCAAGAAUAUAAACUGUCUCAUGCCAUUUUAUUUGGCAGCUAAACAAGUAAAUUUAGAUAUGAUAAAAGUUUUUCUUGAUAAUAAUGUAGACGCUAAUAUUGUUAAUUCAUGUAAAGAAACUCCACUUCAUACAAUCGGACGGACAACUUUCACCUCUAGUUUUGGAGUUAAAGCUGCUGCUAAAGAAACGUAUUUAAAAAUUAUUAAUGCUUUGUUAAAAAAAGAAACAAACAUUAAUUUCCAAGAUUUGCAAGGAAAUACUCCUCUUCAUCAUGCUGUGGCGUAUAAGAAUAGUGAGUUGGUACAAGCUCUAUUAGAAUGUAACGCUGAUUCAGCUAUUAAAAAUAACAAUGGUGAUAAUGUACUUCAUUUGGCUUCUAGGAGUGGACGAGCAGAUAAUUUUAUUCAAGAUAUUUUGGAUAGUAAUGUUGAUAUCAAUGCAGUUAAUAGCUACGGUGAUACUGCACUUCACUUGGCAAUUCAACAGAAUGAUGACAAUAUUGUUAAAACAAUAUUGACAAAGAAUCCAAACAUUGAUAUGAAGAACAACUUUGAUAACACAGCAUUGCACGAGGCAGUCAAAUUCAAACAGUACCAUAUGGUUGACCUUCUAUUAAAAAAUGGAGCUAAUGUGAAUUUGCAAGAUGCAGAUGGAAAAACUGUUUUACAUUCAGCAGCAAAAUUACCUAAAAUUUCAAUAGAAAUUGUUGAAUCUAUUCUAAAUUAUAUAAAUGAUAUUGAUGCCAAAGAUAAACGUGGAAGAACAGCCCUUCACUAUGCAGCUCUUAAUACUGAUGAUCGGACUCUUAAAACGUUUUUAAAAGCGAAGGCUGAUAUUAAUAUUAAAGAUUCUGAAGGAAAUACUCCUCUAGAUCUAAUAAUGUCUAGAGAAAAUAGAUGUGUACCAUGUUUCGAAUCCAUGCAAGUUUUUGUAAACUAUCAGGCUGAUGUUAAUGCAGUUGGCAAUCAUAUGAGGACUCCACUUCAUCAUGCUUGUUGGACUAAAAAGGUAGAGGCUGUGAAAUAUUUAAUAAAAAAUGGAGCUGAUUCUAGUAUGAGAGAUAGAGAUGGAAGAACUGUAUUCUAUUACGCAUGCAUGAUUAAAGAAGAUAUCUACUACGAUAUAGAAGGUUUUGGAAAUCUUCUUGACAUCCUUAUUGAGGUGGAUGUAUCAGUGAAUUGUGUUAAUAAAUCUGGUAAAACACCUCUACAUCACGUUAUUGAAGAAUAUGGUUAUUGGUCCUGUGAUAUCCACAAAUUGCUCCUAAAAAUCGGUGCUGAUAUUAAUAUUGAGGACAAAGAACAUAAUACAGUCAUUGAUACUCUCUUAAAAGAAUGUAAUACUGUCCAAUACCAAAAAAUUAAACCAUUCAUAGAGCACGUGAUUAAGAUGAAAGAAAUGGGGAUGUGGGUUCGCGCAAAGACUUUGGACAAAUUCAAUAAAAUGAAUAACCAAUACGAUUUACAAAAGAUCCAACUUUAUGAACGUGAUUAUCACAAAGAGGUUGAUUUAAUGAAUAUUAAUAUUGAUCAGAGUGAUAUAACGUAUUACGAUUUCUUGAAGAAGAGUCCGCAUAAAGCAGUGAAUUAUAGUCGCAACGAAAAUAUAGCGAAUAUCAUAAAAUCAGAUGAGCUAUCGGUAGUAUUUCCUAUUUAUGGGAAUUUUCUAAAAUGUCAUUUACGUGAUAUUCAACGGCGCUGUAAUUUAUAUAAGAAAAUUCAAAGAUUUUUAAAAUCAAAUAUUCUUAGAAGAUUGCCAUCAGAUUGCAUGCAUGAAAUCUUUCAAUAUUUAAAUAAUUCUGAUCUAAAUAUUUUCCUCCAAGUACUAAAACCAGUCGUUUUGAUAAAAUAG